CCGUCAACCACCCGUCUAUUUUGGCUCGACAUGAAAAUGUCCUCUCGAGCAGAAGUCAAGUACGAGUUUGGCGGUCCCUUGGGUGCAUCGGCCAUCACGUUUGGCCUGCCAGUUCUCCUGUACAUUUUUGCGUUCGCAUGUAAUGAUGUGUCUGGUUGCCCUGCCCCAUCUCUUCUGAGUCCUCGAACUCUCAGCUGGGAGAAACUGAGCGCGGAGAUCGGAUGGCCCCCUGGCGGCCUGAGAGAUCUUGGCAGUUGGGAAGCGACCGGCGUUGUCUUGGCUUAUUAUCUCUUCAGUUUGAUUUUGUGGAGAGUUCUGCCGGUGCAUAUAACGCAUGGCACGAAAUUAGUUCAUCAUGGACGUCCACUGGAAUAUCGCUUCAACGCCUUUUCAUCUACCAUUGUUCAUCUCGUGAUAUGUGCUGUUGGAACCUACUUGCGAGGUGCCGAUUUUGUUGUCUGGACUUACAUCUCCGACAAUUACGUGCAAAUUCUGACAGCCAAUAUAUUUAUCGCAUAUGCCCUUGCGAUCUUCGUCUAUUUGCGCAACUUCAGUGUGAGCACUAAUUACCCGAAUGAUGACAUGCGCGAAUUGGCUGCCGGAGGCCAAACAAGAAAUCAUAUUUACGAUUUCUACAUCGGCCGUGAGCUGAACCCGCGCGUGAAGCUACCUGUUUUCGGGGAGAUUGACAUCAAGACUUGGUGUGAGAUGCGCCCGGGAUUAACCGGCUGGUUGCUGUUGAAUCUUGCAUUCGUUGCCAAGCAGUAUCGGACCUACGGAUACUUGUCCGAUAGCAUCAUUCUCACGGCUUGUGUGCAGGGCUUCUACGUCCUGGACGGUCAGUACUUCGAGCCGGGCAUCUUGACCAUGAUGGACAUCACUACCGAUGGGUUCGGAUUUAUGCUUGCCUUCGGCGAUGCGCCGUGGGUGCCCUUCUUGUAUUCGACGCAAUGUCGCUAUCUCUCUGUUCACCCAGUUCACCUCGGAUGGACCGGGGUCGGUGGUGUGAUUUCCGUCUUCUUACUGGGACUCUACCUGUUUCGGGCUGCCAACUCGCAGAAAAAUGUCUUCCGCGCGAAUCCAGAUGAUCCCAGGGUCAAAGGGUUUUCGUACAUCCAGACUAAGCGAGGAACAAGACUGCUCACUGCUGGCUGGUGGGGGAUGUCCCGUCACAUCAACUACUUCGGAGACUGGCUGCAGGCGUUGCCAUUUAGUCUCCCAACCGGUCUGUCUGGAUAUGCCAUUGUUCCUGCCGGAAGCGUCGCGGCAUCUCAUGUUUUUAAAAUGCUGGAUGGGCGCGAAGUGGUGCAAGAUCAGGCUGCCGGUUGGGGCGUAUUCUUCACUUACUUCUACGUACUCUAUUUUGCCAUUUUGCUGAUCCACAGGGAGAGAAGAGACGAUGCCAUGUGUCUGGAGAAGUAUGGUGCUGAUUGGGAGAAGUAUAGAAAACUUGUGAAGUGGAGGAUCGUCCCUUGGGUUUAUUAGGGAUUCCUUUGGGCACUUGGCCGUCUGUUUAUAUUAAUCACAUUUGGGGUGCUUGACUUGAGGAUUCGAAACUAGGGACACGAUCACGAUGGGAUAUUGAGAUUAUAGUAUCUAUAUAGAUUAAAGAGCAUUAUGCCAAUGAAGUAAUAAAUGUGAGGAGUGUGCGGUCUAAUGAAACCUGAGGGGGCUUGGAAGUGGGAGGCGAUUGUGCAUAGCUAGGUCAGGGCUAAGAUCUGGUCCUUCAUUAAGGCCCUGCAGAAAAAAGCCUCAUGAUAGUCAGUUUAUGUGUAACUAAUAGUUAAAUCUUACUUCGAGGCUUAGGUAUGACAAAUAGCCUG